GUGUCAGUCAGUCCCUCUGGUCCAGUACCAGAAAACAGCAUUGUGACUCUGACAUGCAGCAGUUCUGCCAACCCUGCAGUAAAGAACUACACCUGGUACAGAGCUGACGGAGGUCAGGAGACUGUCAUGGGGACUGGACAUGUUUUAAACAUUAAAGCUUCCAGAGACAGUGGUCCUUUUUUCUGCGAGGCAGAAAAUGCUAUUGGAUCUGGACGGUCCAACAUCAGUCCAAUAGAUGUUCACUUUGCUCCACAGAUCCUGUCCUCAUAUGGCUGCAUUCAAACUGCAGACCAGCUCAACUGUUCCUGUGAGACUGUGGGGAAUCCUCCUCCUGCUCUACAGUGGUAUUUGGAUGGGUUACCUGUCAAUCACUCUGACAGGUUUGCAAUCAGCAGUGAGCCUCUAAACGUCUCUGGUCUGAGGAGCAUCAUCACUGUGAGUCAACCACAACAGAGGGAUCUUUCCACUUUGCUCUGCCACAGCUCCAACUCCCUGGGAUCAGCUACUCAGGGAUUUUUGGUCUACAGCCUCGAGCCUCACGCGAUGUGA